CAGUGCGAGUCCUGUCAAACUUCACCUGCAGCGCUGAGGUCUGACCAGGCUCGGUUUCUAUCUGUCAGCGAUGGAGAGGAAAGUUGCUCGUGAAUUUAGACACAAGGUGGAGUUGCUGAUUGAAAAUGAGGCAGAGAAGGAUUACUUGUAUGAUGUCCUCCGCAUGUAUCAUCAGUCCAUGGAUUUGCCAGUGCUGGUGGGAGACCUGAAGCUGGUGAUCAACGAACCCAAGCGUCUCCCUCUGUUCGAUGCCAUCCGACCUCUCAUCCCGCUCAAACACCAGGUGGAGUAUGACCUGCACACCCCCAGGAGGUCACGGAAGCUGAAAGAGGUGCGUUUGGAUCGAAUGCAUCGUGAUGGGCUGGGCCUGAGCGUCAGAGGAGGGCUUGAGUUUGGCUGUGGUCUCUACAUAUCACAAAUAUUCAAAGAUGGGCAGGCUGAUAAUGUCGACCUUCAGGUUGGUGAUGAGAUUGUGCGCAUCAAUGGAUACUCCAUCUGCUCCUGUAUCCACGAGGAAGUCAUCAGUCUCAUUAAGACAAAUAAGAUUGUGUCACUCAAAGUUCGACAUGUGGGCAUGAUCCCAGUGAAAAGCUCAUCAGAUGAACCCCUCAAGUGGCAGUUUGUGGACCAGUAUGUGUCCGAGUCAGGGGAGAAGAAGAGCAGUGUGGCUGGCUUGGCGUCCAUUGGUGGGAAGGAGAUCAAGGAGAAGAAGGUAUUCCUCAGUCUUGUGGGGACUGAGGGAAUGGGCAUCAGCAUCUCCAGUGGUCCAACCCAGAAACCUGGUAUCUAUAUCAGCAACGUCAAACCGGGGUCCCUCUCUGCAGAAGUUGGCCUUGAGGUUGGAGACCAGAUUGUGGAGGUGAAUGGAGUAGAUUUCACCAUUCUGGACCACAGAGAGGGUGUGAAAGUCCUGAAGAGCAGCAGAAGUCUUACUAUCACAGUUCUGACUGGCGCUGGCAGCGAGCUGUUUAUGACCGAUGAAGAGCGUCUGGCAGUGGAGUCCCGCAGGGAGCUGGAGAGACAGGAGCUGAUGCAUCAGAAGAGAAAAGCACUGGAGACCAACAAAAUCCUUAAAGAACAGCAGGAAAAGGAGAGACAGAGAAAGAUGGAGAUUGCACAGAAAAAUGCAGAUGAGGAGGAGCGCUAUAAGAAAGAGAUGGAAAAGAUUGAGGCUUUGGAGAGGAAAAAUGACAGAGAGUGGCAGGAAGACUGGGGAGCUGAAGACAGGCCGAGUUCCAAGAGCCCCCGCUCUGCAAAGAGCCGCUCACCUGCCCCACCUGAGAUAAAAACCACCCCGACUCCAAAGACCAAAGGUUCUCCUGAUGAAGCCAGCUCCUUCACAGGGGAAGAUGAGGAGGAUGAUCAGGACAGACAAGGAUUUCAGAAAUAUGUGGACGACUUUGAUCCCCACUCCAUGUUCUCCUCGGACCAGAUAGACGGCAGGGAUGUGAGAUUGCUGAGAAUCAAAAAGAGCGGACAGCUUGACUUGGCUCUGGAGGGGGGAGCUGACUCUCCUUUGGGAAAACUGGUGAUAUCAUCUGUUUAUGAAGGCGGUGCUGCUGAUAAACACGGUGGGAUAGUCCCUGGGGAUGAGCUCAUGGCUGUCAAUGGCAAGAUCCUCAUCGAUGCCACGUUGUCUGAGGGACAGAGCUCUCUAGCACGAGCCUGGAACAGUGGUGGGGACUGGAUCGAUGUUGUGAUUGCUGUAUCACCUCCAAAAGAGUAUGAAGAUGAAGUGACGUUCUUCUAGACUCAUCAGUUACCUUCCAAGAGAAAAAAAAUAAUUACAAGGAAGCUUCUUUUUAAUUCAUUUCAACAAAAAGCUUAAGAUAGUCUUUUGCUUUUCCUGUUCUUUCUCAUUUAUUCCCUUGUCAUUUAGAUUAACAUCAUGCAGACAGUAUUGAUUUUCACUAUCUUGUUUUAUCAAAGGAUGAUCUGAUUGAUUCUAUUUACAUUAGUUGCCUCUUGUAGUCCUUUUCACAUGUCUGAAACCUGGAAAUAGCUGACCUCAAUUAGACUGACAAGUAUUUAGGAACAAAGAUCAGCAUGAUUAUGUGUCCAAGGAUGAAUGAUGAGUUAAGAUAUGAAAUUGUGAUAUAUAUAAUGUCUCUAUUCUGCCUUUUUGAUGUUUAAUGAAGGACUGCAAGGACUAAAAAAUUAAAGGCUGGUGUGCAUACUGA